UGAAAAGAAAGAAGAAGUGGAUAAGAAUGAAGAUAGAAAGGAAGAGUACGUAGAGAGAUAGAGAUAUCAGAAAGAAAGGGGAAAAGAAGAGAAAAGGAGAAGAGAAAGAAAGAAGAGGAAACUUGGAGGAAAAAGAAGACUUGAAGAAGAAGUGGAAAACAUCAACAAUCAAACCAAAUUCUUUCCAUCAUCUUCAUCUUCAAGGGAUCUCGUGCAAAAUGCUAUCUGUGAUGGAAGGCUCAAGUUUGGUGACAAACCAAAACAACAAAUGAAGAUCGACUCGAAUCCUAUGCAAGCAGUCGAAGCCCACUACGCUGAACCAUCCGUCGUAAAUAUGGUGGAGGCCAAAGUUGCUCCUGAUGGCAAUUCGGAAAUGGUGGAAGCCCCUGGAAGCUUCGACGCAAAUGUCAACAUGGUCGAGAUUACUGAUGAUCUCGCAAGCCAGAAAAGAAUAGAAACUACUGAAGGUUUCGACAAGAAGGACGGUGACAAUGCUGUCGAGAAUGUGGAGUUUCGACAAGAGGAGAAUUGGGACCGCUUGGGGCAGCCAAGUGGGAAAUAUGAUUACCUUGUGAAGUACAACGCACCGGAAAGCUCUCAGAUCGACAUCAACGCAAUCCAACCAAGCGGUUGGGGAGAGGCUUCUUCAGAAGACAACGAGGAAAUAGUCGACGCAAUUGAGCAUUACCCUAAUACGAAGGAGAAGGUUACUGAAGACCUUGCGAUCGAAAACAAGGCUGCUGAAGGCCUUGGUUCUGACAAAACGAAGAAAGGUGAUAUAGCCAACUGCGUCAACACUAUGGGGCCUUUCAGUAAAGAAGUCACAAAAAUCAAAGCUGAAGCCGCUAACGGUCCUUCGAAGCCCGUGAUCAGUGGGAUUCUGCGUAGGACAAUGGAAGACCCCAGAAGAAACUGGAACAAAUGCUAUUGCAAACAUGGUCCCAGGACCAUAUCGUGGUGCUGCUGCCCAGAGAAAGAAUUCGACCAAACACCACAAGGCGUCGAAGGCGAGGAAGAGAGGCUCAUCAGGAAGAUGAACGAAUUGAGCAUCGCCGACAAACGAAAUGUUGGGGUAAAUAUGGUAGAAAUAUCUCAGAGGGACCAGGUCGAAGAGGGCGAAGAUCGCCGUCAGAAAGAAUACCAGAGGCUGGCGUACCCUAGAGAGGAGGAAAACUUAAUGGAAUUCAUCAAGAGGUGCCAAAGGAUGAAAACCGAAGUGAUGUUGUGCCCACGCUGCAGCGCAGUCUUCGACAGGAAGGCAGCAACCAACCUGGAAGCGGCGGAUAAGACCAAAAGGAAAGAAGUUGGGGAACAGUGAGAUACGACCCAAGGAGAAGUAAUCACCACCAGUGGAGGCACGGAGAGAGACGCCAGAACACCUAUAAACCAUCUGACAAAGCCACAGACGACAAAUGGGUUCAACCCAUUAGGGACGCCCAGGGGCAGAAGAAAUGGGGAAAGUUCGAGGUUCAGAGAGGUGCGUCGAUGGAGGGCAAGAAGGAAACGGAAAAACACAAGCCAAGACCAUACCCGUCAGAGAAUUACAAAGGCAAAAAUCCCAUGUCCAGGUCCCAAUGGAGGAGGUUCCAACGGCAAAAGAGGGCAGAAACGGAGAUGGCGAAAAAGAACAUGAAUGGUCCAAACGAAGCAGAAUCUAGCAACAAUCGUCAGACAAGGAGCAGGAAAGAGACUCCCCUCCAGAUCAAUCCUAGCAGAGUUGUCGAAUCAGUGGCGUCGAAAGAGAAGAUGCAGGAAGAUGAUGAAGUAACCGACAGUUUUAACUCUGACUCAGAGGCAUCCUUCAACGUGAUUUGCAACGUUGUCUCUGUUCUCCCUAGAGACUACGAUAGAGUCAUGGAAAUUGAGGAUGAAGAAGACGAAAUGGAGGAAGAAACAAUGGCACAUAAGCCCGUCUGCUACUAUGUGAUGAACAACGGAUGCGUCGAAGAGCAGAACGCUUUUUUCGAAAGACCAGACGACUCCAUGAAAGCGCAUUUGAAACCUCUGUUUAUAAAAGGAAAGGUGGAAAAUGUCGGCGUGAAUAAGAUACUGGUGGACGGGGGAGCGGCAGUGAAUUUGAUGCCCCACUACAUGCUGAGGAAGAUUGGAAAAGACGAUUCGGACGCGAAGCCCCACAACAUGGUGCUGUCAAAUUACGAAGGGAAGAUAGGAACAACUAUGGGAGUCAUCCAAGUAAACUUAACUGUAGGAACCAUAACAAGACCUACGAUGUUCAUAGUCAUCGCUUCGAAAGCCAACUACAACCUGCUGCUUGGUAGGGAAUGGAUUCACGGCGUAGGAGCGGUACCCUCUUCAAUGCACCAACGGAUAGCCAUAUGGAGGCCAGAUGGAAUCGUCGAAAACAUCGAGGCUGACCAAAGCUACUUCAUGACCGAGGUAAACAUUGUCAACAGCCAGAGCUUCGACAAAAACCUGGCUCAUAUACCUCCCUGCAGCCCGACAGAAUUCGACUUGAAGACGACAGACAAUGCCUAUUGCUCCAUGUACCUGCAUCCAACGCAUGGAUUCCAGUGGGAUAAAGAAGUGAUUGGCGAGACUUACAUAUGGGGAACCACUCAUAUAGCGCCGACGGGAUGGGGUAGUGAAUUUGACGAUGACGAGUGAACAAUCAGCGAUCGAAAAGAUUACGGCUUACAUAGCCGAAAACAAACUAAAAGAGGCCCUUGAGGCUGAAGUAAAAAAUAUGGCUGUCGAAGCCAACCAAGAGAACUCCAACAAACAAUGUCCCCAAGAGGACGUUGCGGAAGAUCAUGUCACCAACCAAAUAGGCGGAUGGCAACACCAAAAGCUUGACGCCAUUUACGACGACGAACCUCUGGGGUUCGAAAAAGAUCCAGUGUCAACAAACGAGAAGAUGGUGGCGCAGGAUCCUUUAGAAGAAAUAAACUUAGGAGUGGGGGCAGAACAUAGACCAACGUACGUAAGCGCAAAAAUGGACCCCCUGUUCAAGGUCGAAAUAGUCCAGUUGCUGAAAGAAUUCAAAGAUUGCUUCGCAUGGGAUUAUGACGAAAUGCCUGGUCUUGACAGAAAUCUGGUCGAAAUGCAGUUGCCAAUAAUGGAAGGGAAGAAGCCAGUAAAGCAGACUCCGAGACGCUUCGCACCAGAAAUCCUGUCGAAGAUAAAAGAAGAGGUCGAAAGACUUCUAAGAUGCAAGUUCAUCCGCACGACCAGGUAUGUCGAAUGGAUUGCAAAUAUUGUUCCAGUAAUUAAGAAAAAUGGCAAACUAAGGGUAUGUAUUGAUUUUCGAGACUUAAACUCGGCUACCCCAAAGGAUGAAUAUCCUAUGCCAGUGGCAGAAAUGCUCAUAGAUUCUGCAGCCGGCCAUGAGUACUUAAGCAUGUUAGACGGAUACUCUGGCUAUAACCAAAUUUUUAUCGCUGAAGAAGACGUUCCUAAAACGGCUUUCCGUUGUCCUGGAGCCAUAGGAACGUACGAAUGGGUAGUAAUGCCUUUUGGUUUAAAGAACGCUGGAGCGACUUACCAACGUGCCAUGAAUUCCAUCUUUCAUGAUUUCAUCGAAACUUUCAUGCAAGUGUAUAUUGAUGACAUUGUGAUUAAGUCUGUUUCAGGAAAAAAUCAUAUAGAUCAUCUUCGACAAUCCUUUGAAAGGAUGAGGAAGUUUGGUUUGAAAAUGAACCCACUUAAAUGUGCUU